AUGGUCUCCCAGGGGCCAGGAACAUUACCAUCAUCUCCCGGGGCCAGGAGACAUUAUGAUGAUCUCCCAGGGGCCAGGGAACGUGCAUCAUCUCCCAGGGGCCAGGAGACAUUACAGAGACAUUACCAUGGUCUCCCAUGGGCAGGAGACAUUACUAUGGUCUCCCAGGGGCCGGGAGACAUUCCAUCAUCUCCCAGGGCAGGAGACAUUACCAUGGUCUCCCAGGGGCCAGGAGACAUUACUAUGAUCUCCCAGGGCAGGAGACAUUACCAUGGUCUCCCAGGGGCCAGGACACAUUACUAUGAUCUCCCAGGAGCCAGGAGCAUUACCAUGGUCUCCCAGGAGCCAGGAGACAUUACCAUGGUCUCCCAGGAGCCAGGAGACAUUACCAUGGUCUCCCAGGAGCCAGGAGACAUUACCAUGGUCUCCCAGGGGCCAGGAGAGCUUCAACAGUCACUUCAUAAGGAUGGGCCUUCAACAUCUGCUACUCGUCGUUGUGGAUGCAGGAUGUGUGGACUGCAGUCUUCUCCAGGAUGUGGGUCUUGUAAAGGUAUUCACUGCACUAAUGUUACCUAUAUGAUCACUGAGGGGAACAAUGGUGAUAGUGUGUCCAACUACAACAGUGACCUCAGCAGCUACAACAGUGACCUCAGCAGCUACAACAGUGACCUGAACAGCUACAACAGUGACCUCAACAGCUACAACAGUGACCUCAACAGCUACAACAGUGACCUCAGCAGCUACAACAGUGACCUCAGCAGCUACAACAGUGACCUCAGCAGCUACAACAGUGACCUCAGCAGCUACAACACUAGAACAGUGACCUCAGCAGCUACAACAGUGACCUCAGCAGCUACAACAGUGACCUCAGCAGCUACAACAGUGACCUCAGGCUGCAACGUGACCUCAGCAGCUGCAACAUACAACAGUGACCUCAGCAGCUACAACAGUGACCUCAGCAGCUACAACAGUGACCUCGCAGCUACAACAGUGACCUCAGCAGCUACAACAGUGACCUCCAACAGCUACAACAGUGACCUCAACAGCUACCACAGUGACCUCAGCAGCUACAACAGUGCCCUCAGCAGCUACAACAGUGCCCUCAGCAGCUACAACAGUGACCUCAGCAGCUACAACAGUGACCUCAACAGCUACAACAGUGACCUCAACAGCUACAACAGUGACCUCAUCAGCUACAACAGUGACCUCAUAGCACAACACUACAACAGUGACCUCAACAGCUACAACAGUGACCUCAGCAGCUACAACAGUGACCUCAUCGGCUACAACAGUGACCUCAGCAGCUACAACAGUGACCUCAGCAGCUACAGCAGUGACCUCAGCAGCUACAACAGUGACCUCAACAGCUACAACAGUGACCUCAACAGCUACAACAGUGACCUCAACAGCUACAACAGUGACCUCACAGCUAGAACAGUGACCUCAACAGCUACAACAGUGACCUCAGCAGCUACAACAGUGACCUCAGCAGCUACAACAGUGACCUCAACAGCUACAACAGUGACCUCAACAGCUACAACAGUGACCUCAACAGCUACAACAGUGACCUCAACAGCUAGAACAGUGACCUCAAGCUACAACAGUGACCUCAGCAGCUACAACAGUGACCUCAACAGCUACAACAGUGACCUCACCAGCUACAACAGUGAACUCAGCAGCUACAACACUAGAACAGUGACCUCCAACAGCUACAACAGUGACCUCAGCAGCUACAACAGUGACCUGAACAGCUACAACAGUGACCUCAGCAGCUACAACAGUGACCUCAACAGCUACAACAGUGACCUCAGCAGCUACAACAGUGACCUCCACAGCUACAACAGUGACCUCAACAGCUACAACAGUGACCUCAGCAGCUACAACAGUGACCUCAGCAGCUACAACAGUGACCUCAGAGCUACAACAGUGACCUCAGCAGCAGCUACAACAGUGACCUCAGCAGCUACAACAUUGACCUCAGCAGCUACAGCAGUGACCUCAGCAGCUACAGCAGUGACCUCAACAGCUACAACAGUGACCUCAACAGCUACAACAGUGACCUCAACAGCUAGAACAGUGACCUCAACAGCUACAACAGUGACCUCAGCAGCUACAACAGUGACCUCAGCAGCUACAACAGUGACCUCAGCAGCUACAACAGUGACCUCAACAGCUAACAGUGACCUCAGUAGCUACAACAGUGACCUCAACAGCUACAACACUACAACAGUGACCUCAGCAGCUACAACAGUGACCUCAACAGCUACAACAGUGACCUCUAGCUACAACAGUGACCUCAGUAGCUACAACAGUGACCUCAUGGCUACAACAGUGACCUCAACAGCUAGAACAGUGACCUCAACAGCUAGAACAGUGACCUCAACAGCUACAACAGUGACCUCAACAGCUACAACAGUGACCUCAACAGCUACAACAGUGACCUCAACAGCUACAACAGUGACCUCAACAGCUACAACGACCUCAACAGCUAGAGUGACCUCAACAGCUAGAACAGUGACCUCAAGCUACAACAGUGACCUCAACAGCUACAGUGACCUCAACAGCUACAACAGUGACUCAACAGCUACAACAGUGACCUCAACAGCUACAACAGUGACCUCAACAGCUACAACAGUGACCUCAACAGCUACAACAGUGACCUCAACAGCUACAACGAGUGACCUCAACAGCUACAACAGUGACCUCAACAGCUACAACAGUGACCUCAACAGCUACAACAGUGACCUCAACAGCUACAACAGUGACCUCAACAGCUACAACAGUGACCUCAACAGCUACAACAGUGACCUCAACAGCUAG